AUGCGCGUGAUAUCCGCUAAAAACCGAAAGUCGGUCAGGGUGCGUCGACGGCGCGGAUCGGUCGGUCGGUUGGUGGUUGCACCGAGCCUCGGCGGCUCCUGCCCUCCGGCCUCAUCCCCAGUUGCCGACUCCGGCCGGCGCUACGAUGCGAAACAAACGGCCAUCGAUGUGACAGAGCCAGUCGGUCGGUUGGCCGAUCGGCCGGCCGGCUCUACAUGGAACAAGAACGACUUGGCUGACUUGCCCAUAUCGGCGGCGAAGGUCGUCCACCCUUUCCGAUCGAGGCUGCCAGUUUCAAGGCCUCUCAGCCGCGAGUGA